AUGCCAACCGAUCCCACGGUCUCUGCGACUGUCGACCUGGACGAUGAGCCCUAUGACUCUGCCGAUGAUGAAGAUUUCCAACUUGAAGGCGCCAAUGACGAGUCCGACUUGUCAUCUGACGACGAUGCGGCCGAACCCGCGAAGAAGAAGCAAAAGACAAAUAAGAAAUCGGAAAUUCUAGAGGACGACCUAGAUUCUGGAGACGAAAUCACAAUUCGAAAAGCACGCGAAAAGCGAGAAAAGAGGCGAAAAGGGAGGUCCAGCGGGAAGAAUGUAGACAACGACAUCGACUUGGAUGAUGAGGAUGGGGGUCCUGGGGGCUAUGUACGGACGCGUGCCAUGAAGAUGCAGAUACAGGAAGAGCGUAAACCGCUCGCCAAAAUCGACGGUGCGACCAUUGACGUGGACGCUCUGUGGGAGCAGAUGAACAAACCGGGAAGUGAGCUGGGCUUGCGGCCAAUUCAGAUGAAACGCGAUAGUGAGCCGGCUCCAGAGCUCGAAGACACCGACACGCACAUGAAGGACCAUGUUCCCCCCGAGCCUGAAAAUGAUUCGCGCCAUGCUCACGCCGAACAAUGGAUCAAGAUCAAGCGCACCUACAAAUUCGCCGGCGAGAUGAUUACGGAGGAGAAGACAGUGCGCAAGGACUCGGCCGAAGCGAAGGCAUUCUUGUCUAGUGGGGAGAACGUCGAGAGUGUCGUGGAGGAUGCGACCCCGAAUCGGAACCUGCGUCGCCCACUGCGCAAGAUCUCCCGAUUCGAUCCCAACCCGACAGGAGCGAUCAAGAAGAGCUGGGAGAAGCAGGCUGUGGAGGCUGAUCAAAAUGCAAGCGGACCCAAGAUCAACACUGUGGAGAAGUCCCGACUCGACUGGGCGCAAUAUGUGGAUGAGGCCGGGAUCAAAGACGAAUUGCGCAUUCACAGCAAAGCCAAAGAGGGCUAUAUGGGACGUAUGGACUUCUUGGGUCGUACAGAAGCCAGAAGGGACGAAGAGGCUCGACAGGCCCGUAUCAAGGGCAGGUGA